GUCAUUCAGUCCCAUUCUCAUUCACUCCGUCGGCGUGCGUUUGUGGGGACGGGCAGUUGGAGUUAAGGAGUUGCCGGGCAAUAGUGCACCACAAACGUUUGUUCGGGAGAGGGACUUCGCAGCAAAUUACAACACAUAAAAGAAAAAGGAUCCCCGGCGACGACUUUCUUCUAAUACUUCACUGCGACGUCUGUAUUGGCUUACUCUAGAAUACUUGCACGGAAUCAAUGUGGUCUUAGCUGGCUAAUAAGCGAGAUAGGUUAGCCGGCUAUUUGCUAACGACAUCCUCCCUCCUCGUCAUAGCAUCAUAACGUUAGCUUGCUAGCGUACCAGCGUGAAAUUUGCUCUUGAAGCGACAUCAACUUGACAGCCCCGUGUUGCUCCUAAGCGCAGUACCUUGCUUGAGCAAGAUAUCAAGCUAGUGAGGCUAAUUAAGUAGCCAGCCAACGUUUUGAAGUAGACUGCUGGGGGUCGGAUCUUCGUUUCAACGUUACCCGUUGGUAUCAACAUCCAACUCCCAACACCUUCACCAUUGCCCCUCUCCCACCACCCGAAACACUGGAAAUCCACAAGCGGCCGGAGAGCGGCGACGGGCCAGCGAAGCUGGGGGUGGUACCGGACGCACACGGAGUCUUAGCGGCUUCAGAUAAGCAUAGUCGUGGGGAUCUACCGACGACUAUGGACGGGCUGGCGGUGGAAGUUCGCGGCUCGAAUGGGGCCUUUUACAAGGGCUUCAUCAAGGAUGUCCAUGAAGACUCCCUCACAAUAGUAUUUGAAAACAACUGGCAGCCAGAGAGACAGCUGCCCUUCAGUGACGUUCGUCUACCUCCCCCAGCAGACUACCACAAGGACAUCGGCGAGGGAGAGGAGGUGGAGGUGUACUCGCGGGCCAAUGAGCAGGAGCCGUGUGGCUGGUGGCUGGCCCGGGUCCGAAUGAUGAAGGGAGAGGUGAGUCAGGGACUGUUCUACGUGAUUGAGUACGCCGCGUGCGACGCCACAUACAACGAGAUCGUCACGUCGGAGCGCAUCCGGCCCGUCAACCCCAACAGCCCCUCCUCCCGGACCUCCUUCCACAAAGUCCCCAUCGGCAUCCCCGAGGACCUCCAAGACAUCUGCGCCAACGACAACAUCCACAAAGAGUUCAGGAAAGCCAUCGGAGCCAACUGCAUCUUCUACAGCGCCGACUCCCACGAGCUCAUCGUGCUGUCGACGAACGAGACCAGCGUCAAGCGCGCCGCCCUUCUGAGCGACAUGCACUUCCGGAGCAUCCGCACCAAGCUCAUGCUCAUGUCCCGCAACGAGGAGGCCACCAAGCAUCUGGAGACCAGUAAGCAGCUGGCGUCGGCCUACCAGGAGGAGGUGCGCGUGCGGGAGGACCUUAUGGGGCUGGCCAUCGGCUCACACGGCGCCAACAUCCAGCAGGCACGCAAGGUGUCCGGCGUCACUGCCAUCGAGCUGGAGGAGGAGAGCUGCACCUUCAGAAUCUACGGAGAGACCCCAGAAGCAGUGAAGCAGGCCAGGGUCUACCUGGAGUUCAAAGAAGACUUCUUCCAGGUCCCCAGGAACCUCGUAGGCAAGGUCAUCGGCAAAAACGGCAAGGUGAUCCAGGAGAUCGUGGACAAGUCUGGCGUGGUGCGGGUGCGCAUCGAAGGGGACAACGACAAAAAGCUUCCGCGGGAGGAGGUAGGCAGGCAGGGGGCAGGCAGAGACCACACUGCCGCUGGCAACAAAGAGGGCAUGGUCCCCUUUGUGUUUGUGGGAACCAAGGAGAACAUCAGCAAUGCCCAGGCCCUCCUGGAGUACCACGUGGCCUACCUACAGGAAGUGGAGCAGCUCCGCCUGGAGCGCCUCCAGAUAGACGAGCAGCUGCGUCAGAUCGGCGUGGGCUACCGCGCCGCGCCCGCUCGCACCGGGGGCCCGGGCGGCGACCGGGAGAAGGGCUACCUGACGGACGAGAGCAGCAACUCCCUCCACACUUCCCGCACCUACGGGGGCCGCGGCCGGGGCCGCAGGCCCUCCAACUCCCAGUACUCCGGAUACGGCACCAACUCUGAGCUGUCCAACGCUUCCGAGUCAGAAGAGGUGUCGGAGCGCGACCAGCGUCCCCGCGGCGUGGGAGGGGACGACAGGGGCUCCCGUCGCGGUGGCAGGGGGCGGGGCACCAACACGGGGCGUGGCCGAGGAGGCCCCAGCUCUAGGCCUACCAACUCCAUCAGCUCAGUCUUGAAAGAUCCCGACAGUAACCCCUUCUCCCUGCUGGAGGGGGAGGGCGAGCUGGCCGGAGACACGGACGCCAGCGAGGGCGGGGUUCCCGGCGACCGCCGGAGACGCUCACGCCGUCGCCGUAACGACCAGGAGCCCAGUGUGAUGGACGCCGCCGCCAACGAGUCGGACGGCCAGGCCGGCCCCAACGAGAACGGGCUUGACGAAGAGGGACGCCCACAGCGCCGCAACAGGAGCCGCCGCCGCCGUAACCGCGGCAACCGCCCCGAGGGCGGCUCGGCCAGCCGCGACAGACAGCCAGCCGAGAGCGUGACCGUGGCAGACUACAUCUCCAGGGCAGAGUCCCAGAGCAGACAGACCCUGCCCCAGAAGGACACACCCGCUGCACCCGAGCCCAAGGAAAACGGCAGCAGCACCAAGAGGGAGGAGCGCACGCCCGCCAAGCGUUCCCCUAGCAACGGCAUGGCCACGCCCAGCGAGACCCUGACCCUGGUCAACGGCGUCUCGUAGAGCGUCUGGACACGCCCCCUAACGACCCACCACCAUGUCUAGAGCAAGACUUCAUGGCAAACUCUGUCCCUGCUUGCAUUAACUUAAAAACCUUUAAAACAGGAUGAGUGAAAAAUACCUGACAAAAUACCUGAAAUUCAUACUUACGAGAGUGGGGGGAAAGUACAAAAAAAUGACAAGCAUCUACUUAAAACACACGUUAACGGUGUAUGUAUCCUAUCUAUCAGUGCUUAGUGCUUAUUUAAAAUAAAAUAAAAAGUAAAAAAGAAAA